AUGGCCGCCGAUGAUUUUGAUUAUGAAGACGACACGCCUUGGAAAUUCAAACUCACGAGAACAACAACGACAACGACAACGACAACGACAACGACAACUACAACGACAAGGGAAACUACUACCCUUCCUAGAACUACUACGGAAGAAACCACUACCACGCCUGAACUUCCUGAAACAGAAAUUACUGAAAGAAAAACCACUACCACGCCUGAACUUCCUGAAGCAGAAAUUACUGAAAGAGAAACCACUACCACCAAGAAACCUUCUAAACCACAAACUCCUGUGCGAAAAAUCACCAAACCAAGAACGACGUCAACACGAACUACUAGGAGACGAUCUACAAGAAGACGAACCACUGCAUGGGUUGAUAUAUACAGACGGGCACCUUGGGAAUGGCAAAAGAAGAAGCCACCUCGAAAAACUUGGCGAGGUGGUAGUCUGUGGGGAUAUAGUCAUCGAGUCAGAGGUGCUACUUAUUAUGGCCCACGCUUGAGAUUCUUCGUGGAUGAGGCCGGUAGUGAGCGGAACGUCAGAAGUGCUACCCAGAAUUCUUGGAAUAGUUGGUUGGGAUACUUUCGUCCGAGGAGCAAAAUAUACGUUAACGAUGAUGAGCGAACUGAAAGAAGUUAG